CAGCGGCGGAGUGAGGGAGGUUGGAGGCACCGCCGGCGCGCGUGGACAGCACAGGACGACCGUCGACACCCUGAUGAGAUACGAAGAGGCGAUGGAUCCGCCGGGAGAGUCCCCUCUGGAGGUGCUCUCCAGAGCUGCCUCGAUGGUGCAGGGGCAGGAGAUCGAGGAGCUGAGACGUCGCGCGGCGCAGCGUGCAUUGGGCGGCGGCGGCGACGGGGGCUCGGGGUCUGGCCAGCCGCCGGCCGCCGGCCAGGAUCGCCGCUCGCCGGCCAAGGACCUGCCCACCCGCCAAAGGAAGCUGGAGCGCUCCGAGAGCCGACGCAACGACCCGCUCACCGCCCCCAAGCUGCGGCUCAAGAGACAAGACUCGGCGGCGUACAGUGACGCGGGUGACGACUCCGCCGACGGGCCGCUGGACAUGUCGGUGCGGCGCGGCUCGCCGCCGCCGUACCGGGCCCGCGGCGCCUCGCCGCCCCGCCAGCACGGCCGCCCGUCGGUCAUCACGUGCGGCCCCGGCCGCUCCGACUCGGAGGACGGCGCCGGCUCCGACGGCGACCAGCGCGCCGACGACCUGCGCACCCGCGAGGUCAUCAAAG